AUGGUUCCGUGGAAGCACUAUUGGGAACCUAGCGUCAUAGGAAGCGUAGUUGGCAGCACCAAUUCGCCCUUCCUGUCUAAUUACUCCCGUCUCAUCGACGAAGGUCGCCUAGAACCUGCUGGUAGACAAUCCUACCUUGACGCUCUUUUCGAGUUUCCUACGUUGAAACGUGAAUCUGCUGCCGAACUUCAUUCGCUGGUUGAAAAGUUUGAGGCCAAUGUCAAGGUCUUGAAGCAGCUUGGUGAAAAGACUGAGUUUUGGGAUAUCAUCCUUAUACGAAUGCUGAGCAUCCGUUUGGACCCAACCACUCGACGAGACUGGGAGGAGUAUUCGUCAACGAAGGAUGCCAUCGCCUUCAACAAUCUUACGUCUUUUAUUCAGCGAAGAGUAACUGUCCUACAAACAAUUCAAGGGAAAGUUGUUGAAGCUCCAGUGUUCACUCAGCAGCUCAAGAAAUCUGCUCAACGUCCGGUUGCCAGUUAUGGGGCCAGUCAAUUCAACUCCGGUCGGAAAUGUAUCGUCGGCUCCGAUCACCAUCCGCUCUAUUUGUGUUUGUCGUUCGCCAAACUCGACUUGGUGGCUAAGAAAAGGGAGCUCUGCUCUGAGGAGAAGUCAGUCGCUGCGAACUCCAGGACUACGGAUUCUUCUCAAACCAAAACACCAACUACUUCUACGUCUGGUGAGCAACCAAUGGCAUCCGUGUUAGCUACCCUCUAUGAACCUACCAGCUACGCGAGCACUGGACAAGCACGAAAGAACGUACUUCUGGCAACAGCUGUCGUCAAUAUGGUCGACGACAAUGGGACUGCACAUGUCGCAAGAGCUCUCCUCGACUCCGGUAGUGAAUGCUGCUUUAUUACCGAGUCUUUCUCGCAGCUUGUCAAGGCAAAGCGCUACAAAGUCUCUGUACCGAUUUCGGGGAUAGGACAAUCAUCGACAUAUGCAAGGUACAAGAUCGUCUCUACUGUUCAUUCGAGAGUUUGCGAUUACUCCACCUCGGCUGAAUUUCUGGUCCUGCCUAAGGUCACCAUAGAUCUACCGACUGCUUCUUUCGACGCUAGCUCGUGGAAAAUUCCUCCUGGUGUUCAAUUAGCCGACCCGGCUUUCUACAAUGCAAACCCCAUCGACAUUAUCAUUGGCGCUGAAGUGUUCUUCGAUCAAUUCAAAGUUUCUGGGCGUAUUCAACUUGGCAAUUCUCUUCCGACCUUGGUUAACUCGGUCCUCGGUUGGAUAGUAUCUGGAAAGGCUUCGUACGGUACUCCUACGACUCCAGUAAUCGCCAACGUUGCCACUGUUGCUGAACUACACCAGUGGAUGGAGAAAUUCUGGGCCAUCGAAGAAAACGACACUUCACCUUGCUACUCCGUCGAAGAAGCAGCUUGUGAAGAACACUUUCAACGAACGGUUAGGCGCAACUCCGAAGGAAGGUACAUCGUUCGUUUGCCGAUAAAGGAUGACGUCAUCAAGCAAAUUGGUGACAACCGUCGCACUGCUGUUCGCCGUUUUCGGAUGCUGGAAGGUCGCCUCGGUCGCAACUCCGAACUUGCCCAGCAAUAUCGUGACUUCAUAGACGAGUACCUUGCUUUGGGUCACAUGAAGCAAGUCUUUGACUAUCAAUCACCUCCGUCUCCAUGCUAUCACAUGCCUCACCACGCUGUAGUUCGAGAAGAGAGUACUACAACAAAGCUACGAGUAGUCUUCGAUGCAUCUUGUAGGACUCCAGAAGGACCAUCGCUUAACGAUGCACUCAUGGUAGGCCCAACCGUCCAGCAAGAGAUCCGUUCAAUCAUCAUGCGUUCCAGAAUCCGUCGAGUGAUGAUCAUCGCUGACGCCAAGCAGAUGUAUCGUCAAGUCUUAGUAGACGAGCGUGACACUCCGCUUCUACGAAUAGUCUGGACACCAUCACUGGACCAGCCAUUGGCUACCUACGAGCUCCUAACAGUUACCUACGGUACUGCAAGCGCACCGUUUCUCGCUACUCGAGUUCUCCUGCAACUGGCAGACGACGAGAAGGACAGUUAUCCUGAAGCAGCUGAGGUAUUGCGUAAGGACUUCUACGUAGACGACCUUUUCUCUGGAGCAAACAGCAUCGAAGAAGCAACUACGCUCCGUCAACAGCUAGAAGCACUCCUAGCCAGAGGCGGAUUUCAACUUAGAAAAUGGGCAUCUAACGAAGAAGCAGUUUUGGAAGGUCUCGCACCGGAAAACCGAGCUCUCAAAGCCUCAAUUGAUCUGGAUCGUGACCAAUGCAUUAAGUCUUUGGGUCUUCAUUGGGAACCCGCUUCGGAUCAACUGAAAUACCGCAUCGAGCUUCCGGCGGACUCGACUGAUUUUCCUCUAACUAAGCGAAUAGCUCUAUCGCAAAUUGCUCGCCUUUUCGACCCACUUGGUCUACUGGGUCCGGUCGUAAUCUCCGCUAAACUCUUCAUGCAAGCACUCUGGACGCUGAAGGACGACGAUGAUGUUGUUGUUCACAAGGUGUUUUCUAUGGAGAUGCACAUCUAA